CGGGAGGCCCCGGAAGCCCGUCUGGCACCGAUCCUCCAGGGAACCUCGGGCCAGAAGUGGUUUUUUCGGACACAAACACGACUAGCGCUCCCGGAUCGAAUAGCACCACCGUGCCGCCCGCGCAUGACCGUGCCCCGCCUGACGAUGUCGCGAAGACGGGCUUGCUUGCGCCCGCGGCGGGUACUGGUCUGGCGCUGUUGUUGCUGGCAGCUUUGCUACUCGUUUUUUCCGCCCGCGGUGCUUCUGCGGUGCCCGGGGUAGCGGAGGACGAGGGCGACGACCGGUGGCUGGGCGCGGAUGUCCAGGACCCACUACCGUGGGGCCCCACCGAAGAGGCGCUGCUUUCCAUCGGGCUGACUCCGCAUUACGCCGCCCAGGUGCUGGCGCAACUCACUGCAGAGGGCCCUUCGGGGCCGGGAAAUGCAACAGAGAAGGCCGUGGCGGCGCAGCUGCAGACCGGCCUCGCGAAACCGUCCGACGCAAAGGACCUGCGGACGAUGCGGCAGCUCGGGGUGGACUUCGGCUCCCCGGAGCUCGCAACCGUCGGGUUUGCACAGAACCUGGUUCGCAAGGGGAUGGCACGGACGAAAAAGACCGGGGUGGACCUGCCAUUGGCUCUGUUCACGUACCAGCGCGAUGUCGAAGCCGCGGAACGGGCCCUCGUCACCGCGGGAAUGACCCCGCGGGCAGGGAAGCAUUUGGCGCAGCAGAUCGCCGGGCCCGUCGCAGGCCACGCGCCGUUGAAGCUGCCGGAAACCGACGAGGACCUGCAGGUGCUGCGGGACCUAGGAAUCGAUGCCGCAGCGGACGGCGGUCCGCUUACUGCCGGGGCCACCCGGAGUGUGAUAAGAAAGGCUUUCAAGAGAAGACGACCCGAGCAGCAGAAUGUGGCGUUGCUGACCACCGCGGCCGCCUGUCCGGAUUUUGGCACUGCGGAAACAGCACUGCUUGCGUUGGGCCUUUCCGCCGCGGGGGCUUCGGAAGUGGCGCGGCAGAUCGGCGGGAAAGGGGAGGAGGCCGACCGAUUUGAAUUUCCCACCGCGGGCGCGGAUCGCCGGAUCCUGGAGAAGGAGGGUGUGCUCGAGAGCACAAGCGCCAGCGGCCCCGGUGCUCUCAGCGCAGCGGCCGUGCAGGCCUCGUUGCAAAAGGCCGCGAAAAAGAAGAAGGCGCCAAAGCCGCUCAAGGCGCUCGCGGCCACUACCCCGGAGACGUGGACGCCCGGUGCGGUCGAGACGGCUUUGCGCGCAGCGGGGUUGAGUCCCGCAGGAGCACGGACGCUGGCCGGCGAGAUCGCAGGAAACGUCACUGGACCUGGUUUGGUGAAGCCGCCUGCAACGGAUGCCGACUUGCGCGCAAUGCAGGCUUUGGGAGUGACUUUUCAGUCUGGUAGGGAGUCCGCGUUGAGUGUGGCAACGGUUCGGCAGAUGCUUGGUAAAGUCCCGAGCCGGAGCAAAAAACGGCAACUUCACCAAGGACCCCCGGUCGCGGCGGUGGCAACGGCCCCCGGACCCGAUUUCGGCGCCACCGAGGAGGCGA